GCAUUACACCGAUUAUGAUUGUUUCGGUGGACUAAUGUGAAAAAAAACAACAUAUUGACCGGGUGCGAGUGUGAAGGUGGAUAAAAAUUUGCAUCCGGAUAUACAUAUAAUGGUAGCUUCCCAUCUGUCGCGUCAGCUGAGCCACUCAUCGCUUCCCGGUGUGUUUGUGAAACAGAUCCUUUUUAACUGACCCAUUCAAAGAUACCUUCGUUGCUUGAUUCGCACUGAAAAUAGUCUCAGUCUUCGAGUGCUGAGUAUCGCGCAAACAUUGUCCACCGUGGGGAUACUGCUUAUCGCUGGUAUUGGGGAGAGUUUUCAAUUUUCUCGUAACAGUGCGGUGUGUUCAAACAGUUUUACAAGUAUUUACACUGCUAUCAAUAGUUACGGCUCAAGAACGGUGACGAAUCAGCAAAACAGAUGGAAAGCUUUUGGAAAGCUAUCAGUCGCAAGAAACCAAACAACGACGAUGGAAGCCAUUCGAAGUUAGCCCGCGUGCUUACAUUGCUCGAUCUGACCGGGCUCGGUGUGGGCAGUACGCUCGGGCUGGGUGCCUACGUGCUGGCUGGUUCCGUUGCGUACGAACAGGCCGGUCCGGGUGUGGUUAUUUCAUUCGUCAUUGCAGCCCUAGCGGCGGCCAUUGCCGGUUUGUGCUAUGCCGAGUUUGCAUCACGCGUACCGAAAGCUGGCUCGGCUUACAUCUACACCUACAUUACGAUCGGUGAGUUUGCUGCGUUUACGAUCGGCUGGAAUUUAAUGCUGGAGUACAUUAUCGGCACAGCGAGCGUCGCAAGAGGUUUGAGCGGUUACAUCGACGCACUGAUCGACCAUCGGAUGGGCAACGCUAUCAAAGAUGUGAUCCAGAUGAAGGUUAGCUUUCUGGCGGAAUAUCCGGACAUCUUUUCGUUUCUGGUUGUGCUGGUAAUAACGGCACUGUUGGCGUACGGCGUGAAAGAAUCAACACUGCUGAACAAUCUUUUCACCGGGGUGAAUCUGAUCGUCAUCGUGGUAGUGUUGGUUUCCGUUGGCAUUAAGGCCGAUCCGGCCAAUUGGGCCAUCCAGCCGAAUGAUCCCAUCGUACCGGCCGGCAUCGAUAUUGGUGCGGGUGGAUUCCUACCGUACGGUAUUGCGGGCGUUAUGGCUGGUGCGGCAAAAUGUUUUUAUGGUUACGUAGGUUUCGAUUGUAUCGCAACGACCGGUGAGGAAGCGCAGAAUCCUUCCCGAAACAUUCCACUAGCCAUCAUUGCGUCGCUGAUCAUAAUCUUUCUAUCGUAUUUCGGUGUGGCAACCGUGCUUACGAUGGCCUUACCGUACUAUCUGCAAGACCCGAUUGCACCGUUCCCCCGACUGUUUGACUAUCUUGGCUGGCAGGAAAUCAAGUGGAUCGUAUCGAUCGGUGCAAUCUUUUCCCUGUGCACUAACUCACUCGGCGCGAUGUUUCCGUUGCCGCGCGUACUGUACGCCAUGUCGUCCGAUGGUAUCAUCUACAAGCAGCUGCGAACGGUUCAUCCUAAAACGAAGACACCACUGCUGGCGACGAUCCUUUCCGGCAUUUUCUCCGGUACGAUGGCGAUGCUGUUCAAUCUCCAUCAGCUUAUCGACAUGAUGUCGAUCGGUACGCUGCUAGCGUACACGAUCGUGGCGGUUAGUGUGUUGGUACUGCGCUACGAACAAAACACCAACUUUAUCGUCAGCACACAAACUAAAUCGUCCACCGUGGUGAAACAGCUGUUCAACCUGACCUGCCUCACAGUACCGAGCAGCCUGUCGUCUGAUAUUGUGAAGGUGUGCGUGCUUAUCUACGCGAUAGCUAUUAGCGUGAUCAGUUCGAUUCUGGUACACGCUCAGGCGCAUCUUAACAGCUAUAAUCCUCUUAUCUGUACCCUGCUAGCGGCAAUGGCCAUUAUAGCGAUACUACUAACGCUCAUUAUAUCCUGCCAACCGACGGAGGAACGACAGCUUACUUUCCGUGUACCGUUCGUACCGUUUGUCCCACUGAUCAGCAUCUUUGUAAACGUGUACCUCAUGUUCCAGCUUGACGCGGCAACUUGGGUGCGGUUUUUGGUGUGGUUGCUCGUCGGGUUUAUCAUAUACUUCUCGUACGGCAUUCGCCACUCAGUGCAAGGAUCCGGAAGCCAAACGCUCUCGGAGAGUCAGCUAGAUAUCCCGUUCGCCAUGUUCACUACGGUGAAGCAGUAGGUCGUAGACUAGACGGUGAUCGUAUUGCCGGGUAUGCACGAUAGUUUUAGUACGAACAAGACAUUAGUGUACGCUGGUAGUAAACAUUUGCAUGUAAACAUACUAGGUGUACUAGGAAGCAUCAAAACUAGUGUGAUUGUGCUUAUUUAUAAACCAAAAGAAACGAAAAACAAUCACUAAUAAGUGUGAGGUUUUUAGUACAUCUACUGUGAAAAAAGCAGGGCAUUCAAAGGAACCGUUUUAGGUUAGGUAACACGGAAAGAUUACAGGUAGUUAGUUCUCCUACAAUUGCAUAGUGCACUUAUCCUUCUAGUGUUCGUCACAAUGCACUUUACAAGAAACACUUUGUAUGUGAUAAGUAAUCGAUUUUGACGGUAGGCAGUAGUGAGAUAUUAUAGACAAUUGUCAUUAUUUUUCGAUUUUAAAAUGUACACAAAUUGUAGCAAAUGGUUUACAAAUAAACUGUUAAGCUUAUGAGUUCCAUA